UCCCAAAAUUGAAGAAAGCGUAACAUCACCGCCCAAAGAUGGCUAACAGGAUCGUACAAUUCUUAGCUAUGGUCUCAGGUUCGUUCCUGCCUUUAACGUGCGGGAUCAAUUUGGGUUGGCCGUCACCGUUUCUGCCAAAACUGCAGGAACCUGACUCGCAGAUCCCUAUGAACAGUGAUGAAGCUUCUUGGGUGGCUGUUAUGCCUCUAAUUGGAGGACCUUUCGGAGCUUUCUUAGGCGCUUUAUUAGUCGACAAGUUGGGUCGCAAAAAUCUUUUGCUGACCCAGGGCCCUCUAAUAGCACUCUCGUUUCUGAUCAUGGCGUUCUUCAAUAAUAUUUGGGUCCUCUGCGUAAUCCGAUUCAUUGUUGGUUCGGCGGAGGGAGCCAUCUACACAGCGUUGCCCAUUUAUUACGGGGAAAUCGCCGAUCCGAAGAUACGAGGAAUAUUAGGAAGUUCGCUCGCAGUUUCGGCGUUGAUGGGUAACUUAUUAAUCAACGUAAUUGGUAGUUACCUAUCGCUGUUCUGGAGCUCGAUCAUCAGUGGAGGAUUUGCUUUAAUUCACUUUUUCACGUUCGUGUGGAUGCCGGAGAGUCCUUACUUCCUAAUUAAGAAAGGAUUGCUGGAGGAAGCUAAAGCUAGCCUCACCAAAUUGAGGGGCGAAUUCGAUACGAAAGAGUUCGAUGAGAUUAAGAAUGCUGUUAAGAGGCAAGAGGCGUGCGAAAAGUCAAAGUUUUUGGAUCUGGUCACGGUGAAAAGUAAUAGGAAAGCAAUGGGAAUCUUCAUCAUCCUCACUUUAACCAACAAGGUAACUGGUAUGACCCCGGUUAUGUUCUAUACCGUAAAGAUCUUCACUGAAGCCGAUGGUAUUUUGGAUCCGGUAUCUUCGGUCUUCAGCUUCAACAUGGUCGGAUUGAUCGGCACCAUUCUGGCUUUGUUCAUUAUAGAUAGGUUCGGAAGGAGACCGUUAAUGUUGUUCUCCGCUUUCGGAUGCUGCUUCGCGCUUCUUGGAGAGGCAAUAUUCUUCAUGAUCAAAAUAUACCUAGAGGAAUACUUGGAGUACGUUCAGUGGUUACCACUCGUGAGUCUGAUGGCUUUCAAUUUAAUCUUCUGCUUGGGGUUGGCCUUCGGUCCGGUCCUAUUCUUAUCGGAACUAUUUCCAACUUCCGUAAAAGCUAACGCUCUGGGUGCUGCAGAGACCAUUUCCGUCACGUUGGGGACUGCAAUCUCUAAAAUAUUUCACUACCUGACCGACGCUUACGGCAUGGUAGUACCCUUCUGGUCUUUCGCCGUCUGCACAGCCUUGGCCGGUUACCUCAUCUUCCUUGUCGUACCAGAGACGAAGGGCAAAACUCUUGAGGAGAUUCAGCUGGACCUAAUCGGACAGCGCGAUGAUGAGCAUAGGGAGAAGCAGGGGCAGAAAGUUUAAUGAGUGUGUGAGUUAGUGUGUCCCGUGUAAAUAAAUAAUGUUAAUUAUAAUUUUAGUGAUAUGUAAAGUGUGUUAUAAUGAGAGGUGUUACGUUGAUGGAUGUUGGUAAUAAAGUAAACGGUCACAUCUCAAUCCCGGGGCCGUUUGCUCUCGCGCUAUUUAGGACCGAGACGAUGUUAAGUGCCUGGACUUGUUUAGAUAACGUCCCCGUGUUCGGUCGCUCUCUCUAAAGUCCCCCACAAAAGCUGUCCUCUUUUUAUAUAUAUAUAUACAUACAUAUAUACGUAUAUAUAUAUUUACUUUGUCCCCCCGUAUCAAAUUAAGAGAAAAAGAAAAAAAAUGAAACCGAAGAUAGAUACACCGACACUUAAAACAACCUCAAUCUUAAUCUCAAUGCAUGUAC